UAACACUCCUAUUAGCCCGCUUUUAUGCACGCGUUUUUUGUCGCCUGUCGCGUGGCGACAAAAAACGCGUCGUUUUCUCAACGCAUUGUCUUGUAUGUAGCCAUUUAUGCAUCAACGACGGUGAGCCGCUCGAUGCCCGUGUCGCGGCGUUCUCAAAUUUGGUCGCCUGGAAUUUGAGAACGCGUGGCGACAGGAGUUUUGUAAUUGGUGGGUGUUGUCUAAAGACUGAAGACGUGUGCUACAAUGGAACAUCUGGAUGUCGAACUAUUCAUCGACGCAAUAGAAAAACGACCAUCUUUGUGGGAUUCAUCGUCAGGAGACUACAAAAACAGACAGCUUAAAAGAGACGAUUGGAAUGAAGUGUGCGAAAUUGUUAUCCAAAAAUUUGGGGAAAAAGAUGAAAAAGAAAGGCAGGAAAUUGGUAGAGAAGUUCAACUUAAAUGGAAAAGUCUGAGGGAUGCUUAUGUUCGUACCAUUCGACAGUCUAAGGGAAAAAAAUCAGGAGCGUCUGCUAAAGCUGUAAAAACGUACAUCUAUGCUAAACAAUUAGGAUUUUAACGAAAGGUGACUGGUUCCCGUCAGACAGAGAGCUCACUACCAAGUACAUCAAGAGAGGGCCAAGAAGAUAUGGAUAUUUCAAAGGACAUAAAUGACAUGCAAAGUACUUCAUCAGAUGUCCAACAUACUCAGUUCGACAGCCAAAUGGAAACUGGACGAACUCCUAGUAGAAGUACUCUCUAUAGAAGAAAGAAAUCAGAUUUAGAAAGUAAACUUGCAAGCUAUAUUGAUUCCCAUAACAGACAGCCAGCAUUAGCUAUACAAAGUCAACCACAAGAAACUGAUGACAUGGCCUUUUUUAGAUCAUUACAAGCAAGUUUAGAUACGCUCACUCCGAAUGAGAAAUUGAAUUUUCGAAUAGAGGUCAUGCA